CCAAAUUUAAGCAAACAAACUUUACCAGAACCCCUUAGCUUUCUCUCAGGUCAAAUCCUUCACUCUCUCUCUCUCUCUCUCUCUCUCUCUCUCACAGCCAUGGACGAUCUUCCCAUAGAGAAGAUAGCAAUAUCAGGACCCACCCUAGCCUCCUUGAUCCAACGGUUCUCCACUUCCCCAGGCCCAAUAGACGGGCUCCUAUACGGCCACGUGUCCCUCCUCACUCCCUCCACUCUCUCCGACGACACAUCCUCUUCCUCCUCUUCCCUUCCCUCCACUUCCACUUCCCUCCCUCCCAUUUCUUCUUCCUCCCAAACCCUAAUCGCCACCAUCACAUCCUUCCUCUCCCUUUCCGCCGGCCACGUCAACCCCCUCCUCCUCCCUCCUCCGCCGCCCUCCUCCUCCCUCCUCGGCUGGUUCUCCGCCCGCCGCCGCUCCCCUCUCCGCCCUUCCCUCCGCGAAUUCUCUCUCUCCCACUCCCUCUCCUCCCUCCCUUCCCUUUCCUUCCCAAUCCUCUCCUCUCGCUCCACUCUCUCUCCUUGCAUUUUCCUGCUCCUCUCCUCUCCGAUCCACGACCAAACCAUCCACACUCACGAAUACCGCGCCUACCAGUUCCGCUCCUCUCUCCUUUCCUUCGAUCCCAAAUCCAUCGAAGUUAUCAACAUCGGCCCAGCUUUCCGCUCCCAUUACGGUGCGUUUAGCCCUAACUCCCCUUUCCCUUCUCUGCCUUGCGACCAUAGCUCCUCCAUGGCUGUCGACGACGAGAAGGAAGAGGAGGAGAGGCUGAGAGCUGAGCAGACUCAGCUCGACGAUUGCGCCGAGGGAUUCCAGGUUGGGAGAUUGAGCAAGUUGAUGGGAAAUGAGGCCGCCAAUUACUCCGCCGGAUUGGAGGAUUUGUACGGGAAAAUGCUCGUUAAGAUCGAGACCUUGGCAAGGCAAGUCGAGCAGAGCUCUGCUCUGGUUUUCGAGCAGGAAAAUCAUAAUAGGAAGUUGAAAUACAAAGCUGCUCGGUUCACUGGAUCUGAAUAAAUGCCGUAAUUUGCUGGUAUCUAUUUAUUCCAUGUCAGGUGCUGACCCUUGAUCAAGUCACUGCCCUUCUCUCUGUGUUUUUGACUCAUUCCAUUCACUUCUAAAGCUCUUUGUAUAAAGCUUGCCUUGGCAGCUGGAAUAAGGAGUCUUACUAUGGUCAUACAUCCGCAUUAGCAACGGUACAGGUCAUGGCCAGAAAGAGCUGUUUCUGCCCCAUUGUUGUGAGUUCCUUAUAGAAAGGCUUGCCUUGGCGGCUGGACUAAGGACUCUUGCUAUGGUCAUUUCCACUUACAUUAGCAACAAUAGAGGUCAUAUUAAUCAUAUGGCUGGAUGGUGCGGUUGCUGCCUUUUGUUGUGAGUUUCUGAGGGAAGGCUUUGCCUCGGCAAUUGGAGUAAAUAUCAAUUUGCAUUAGCAACAAUAGAGGUCAUAUGGCUGGACGGUGCUGUUGCUGUCCCCUCAUGAUCUACUUUGGUACUUUGAAACCUCGCUAUUAGCUUGAGAUCUUGUUGAUGUAUUUCAAAUUUAAAUUUGUUUCUAGUAGCUAUCCUCCAUUUCAUUUUAGAAGAGGUAGAGAGAGAGAGAGAGAGAGGAAGCCAUUGUAUGGGAUUUGGAUGUUCUUUAGUUUGCAGAGCUUAACUAGGGCUUCCUUUGUUUCUCUGCUUUUCUCUGAAGCAAAUUUCUAUGAACUAUCUCAAUAUGCUUCCAAAUUGCAACAUAAGAAGUAUUUAUUGAUAACCGAGUAUUUAU